CACGAACCCAACUGAGCUCCAUCUUAUACUUUAUUUUACUCUUUUUGGCUCUUUGCACCGAACACAAACAGCUUGUGCUCAUUAAGACAGUGUUUACUAAAACCAAACAGCCGUUUAACCUGAUGAUCUCUAAGAACGAGCAGGACUGAUCCUGGAUCACCUGGAACCAGAACCACAGCUUCAAACUCUCGUCUCUCUUUACCGGCAAAACACGUCGUCACUUCCUGUGAUGGCAAACAAGUUUCCAUGACAGCGGAGGGAAAAGUACAAACUAUAAAGGAUGCUCCUGACUCACUGUGUGAUGCUGUCAGUCCUGGGUCUGUGUCUGCCUGCACGGGCUGCUGUGACGGUGGUGCAGCCCUACAGAGUGCUGAGCUCCAACGCCACGGCAACGGUCCGAUGCUGGAUCCAGCCCCAGCCCGCCUAUCACCAGAGCCAGUCCCCUGAGGAGCAGAGCCCUCCGUACCCGUACCCGGACCCCGAGGUGUUCCGUGUGGCCCUGCUGAGGAGCCCUCACGGCUCCCAGGAGCUGUGCUCGUCUGUGAUCAACGUCACCGGGCAGAGAGUCACAGAUGUGAAGGCCGAGGGAGAGGUUCAGUGCACCGCUCGGGUGCAGGCGGGCGCCGUGGAGGUGACGGUGUCGGGCCUGAAGCCCUCACACACAGACAUCUACCGCUGUAACAUCGAGAUCUUCUACCCGCCGCCGUUCCUGCGGCUCACUGGCAACGGCACACUCAUCCACGUCCCAGACAGCUGUCCUCAGCGGGGGGCCGAGGCCCAGGUGGCCCAGCACAGCGAUGGAGCGGAGGAGGCGGAGCGCGACGGCACCCUCAGUCUUCCUGUGGUCGUGCUGGUGAUGCUGAUCAUCUUUGUCCUCAUCGCCAUCGUCUACUUGCAGUCUCUCCAGUGCAGACGAGGGCGGAGGGAGGUCAUCGGGGCGGUGCCCGUCGGAGCUCACAAAGUGGAAGCUGUGGCGGUUUCAUACGGAAACAUUGCAUGAAGGAACGUGAAGGCGGUUUAACGGCGUUAGAACCCCUUGGUUCUGAAUGAAGCCGUGUGUUUGGGUCAGUAGUGACCCUUUAAUUUCACCUCUGUUGUGAUUGAGGUUCCACUGUAGAAAAGCACAAGAUGACAUUCGAGUGUCUGCGCAUGUUUUACUUGUUAAGUACGAAUGUAACGUUUACGUUCUUGUAAACUGAAUGGCUGUUACCUGCAGCUUGUGGCUCACGCUGUACAGACUGAACCAGGACGCAAUGCUUUGAGUCUCUGAAUGAUCUGCCUCUUACUGUUACCUCGUGUCUGCUUUUCCUGUUGCCGUGUCACGAAAAUUCAUGUUGGAUUCAUUGUUUCUCGAAAAUAAAGGUUUCAAUGUCAUUUUGUGCAAUUUAUUUCUUGAAU